UUGAAUUGAUUUCUCCUCUAAAGGAGAAAGUUGUUAGAUUAACUACUGGGGCAAUGUGUAACCUUAUUCCAUUUGCACUGUGCCAUAUGUGAAUGUUUGUCUCCAGCGUCUUUUGAAAGUAGUACCCAUUUGUCAUAUCAGGUAAUCUUUGUCUUUGCUUCUUUAUAGAUUGGUGAUGUACAUUGAAAGAGACAGCAGAAAGACCACCCUAGGAAAAGAGAAGCAAACUAGCAGUGAAUACUUGUCAAAAUGCCUGGAUAUUCUUAUCUGUUAUAUUGUGCAGGAGCUGCCACACAUUCUAGAUGACAUUCUUUCUGCUUUAGCCAGUGUUUCAGGACGUAAACAUCCAUCAACAAUUCAGACUAAACAGUUGAAAGCGUGCCUUCCAAUGAUCCCUGUGGUACUUCAUCUUGUGACAUCUCAGGUGUUUCGACCACAAAUAGUAACUGAAGAGUUCCUUUGCAGCUAUGGGACUAUACUGAAUUUCAUCAAAUCAAUAGAUUCUGGAGAAACAAACUUAGAUGGAGCUGUAGGUCAAACAGCUUCAGAAGAACUAGUUAAGACUGUUUUAUCAAUAUUCGAAGCAAUACUUCAACACCCAGUUUUGAUCAUGCAUUAUCACUUAACAGUUAUUGAUUACAUUCUGCCACCCUUAAUUUCUUUGGUCUUCAGUCAAAAUGUGGAAUGGAGAUUCUUCAGCUUGCGACUGCUCUCUGAAACCACAUCAGUGCUUGUAAGCCACAGGGUCAUGGCUGAAGAGAGAGAGAACUUUAAUUCAGACAACAAACUUCUGUGUCUUAUUAGAGAGUCACUGCUACCUCAAUUUGAACAAAUUCUAACGGACCCUGACCCAGUACCAGCUUAUGCCCUGAAGCUGCUGGUUGCUCUAACAGAGUAUAGUUCUGCUUUUACAAGACUUGUUGAAGAAAAUCAUCUUGUUUCAACUAUUUUUCAAGUAAUUCUGGAGCACCAGGAUAUGCUUCUAGGAAAUACCAUACAGAAUGCAGCUGCACUAUUAAAUAAUCUGGUUUCGUAUAACAGUUCAAAUAUGGCAUUGCUUUAUGAACAAGGUCUGGUCCAUCACAUCUGUAAUCUCCUCAUAGAAACUGCAGCUCUGUGCUUGGAUGCAGAUGAUAAGAGCAACAUCAAGACAGCAAACAAUUUGUUCCUGUCCUUGCUUGGCAUUUUGCAUCACACACUCAUAUAUACUGCUAAUAUUGUCCGCCUGACACUACAGGCACAGAAAGCUGGCAUUGGAGGGGACACUCAAGCUGCUGAAGACCUUCUCCUUAUUAAUAAACCCCUGACAGACCUAAUCAGCUUACUUAUUCAACUGCAAUGGACCCUGCCCGACCUCCACCCCUGGCUCCACCUCCGCCCAUUUUGGUCGAUGGCGAGGAAGAAUACAAG